AUGCUUUCCCCCAAGGCCGCUACCAUCCUCAACCUCGCCCUGCUGGCCUCUGCCGCCCCCAGCAAGCGCCAAUCCACCGGCUCCGGAUCUUGUUCCGACGUGCACAUCUUCCUUGCGCGCGGGUGGAACGAGGGAUACCCUGGUCGGCAGCAGAACCUCGUCGACGCCGCGUGCAACGGCGUUUCUAGCUGCGACUACGAGGACAUCACCUUCGACGCGACCAACGCGAAUGGCUUCCCUGCAGCGGUCGAGCAGGGCCGCUCCUCUGGCGUGUCCCAGAUCAACGCGUACAUCCAGCGAUGCCCCGACGCCAAGAUCGCCCUGAGUGGUUACAGCGAGGGCGCAGUCGUGGUAAGCAACGUGCUUGCCGACUCGGGUCUGACGCCUAGUUCCGUCCCCGGAAACAAGGUCUGCGCCGCGCUCGUCUUCGGCGACCCAAACCACGUCGCCGACCAGAGCUACAACGUCCAGGCCGGCUCCGCCUUCAGCGCCCAGUUCCCUCGCUCCGGCGCGUCCCUGGAGCACCUCAACGCCUUCUCGUCCGUGCUGCGGUCCUACUGCAACGGCGGAGACAAUCUCUGCGCCUACGGCGACGGCACGAGGCCCAUGGAGGACGGCGCACACACCAACUACUUCGACCUGUACUCGGGUGACGCGGGCGAGUUCAUCAAGGAGAAGUGUGUCGGCGGCUCAUCCGGCGGCGGCGGCUCGACCACGCCGCCGUCGACUGGCAAUGUCUGCGUGGCUGGCAAGGUGAAGGCGGGCCUGUCUGAGAACUACACCGGUCUGUGCUCCUUCGCGUGCUCGAACGGGUACUGCCCCGACGGCGUGUGCGAGUGCACCGAGUUCGGCACGCAGGCCGGCUCGGGCGACGGGCUUGGACAGGACGGGUGCCCGGCUAAUGGGCUGGACGAUAGCUACAAGGGCCUCUGCAGCUUCAGCUGUAGCCACGGAUACUGCCCUACUGGUGCCUGCAGGUACUGUUAG